AUGGCGAACGGGGACCGGGAACAGCACGAGGAAACGGGAAAAGAACGGAAAAUGGGACGGGAAUGGGACUGGACGCGCUCGGCAUCCAGCGCCUCACGGGCACUUCCGGGGCGCGGACCACGCGGGGGCACACCGGGAGGAGUGGCGGAAGCGCUGAGCGGCGCGGGAGAGCUCGCCUCGCACUGGGCUCGGUUCCCGGGCCCGAUCCGAUCCGAUCCCGAUCCCGAUCCCGGUGCCGGGUGCCGCGUGCUCCUUCGGAAGCCGACGCGGCUGGAGCUGAAGCUUGGACGACAUCGAGGAGUCGAGAGCGUGCGGAAGGAGCUGGAGGUGCGCGCGGGCAGCGCGGACGAGGCGGAGCGGCGGGCGGGCGGGGAGGAGGCGCAGGCGCUCGCGCUGCGGCACGGAGCACAAAGCCGCGAGCAGCUCAAUCAACGACGCGGCAUCGGCUACAAACCGCAGCCCAAGGCCGGCGGGCGGACCGCGCACUUCGGCACCUUCGAGUUCUGAGCGCGGCGCCGGGGCCGCAGCGCCGCCCGAGGGGCCUCGGCCUCCCCCCUCGGCGCUCUCCCUUUUCGGUUGCCUUAGUUUUUUAAGUUCGGUUAACACACCCAUGAACGCCCCUCUUGGCCCAGUGUUUUGUUUUAAAUAAACACGUCCUUUU